AUGGUUAACAAAUCCUUGAUCUCAACAACUCAUCCGAUGAAGGACUCUAUGAACACAUCGGAAUCCAUACAGGACAAGAAGUGGACAGAUUAUGCUACCAUGGCAGACUCCUCCACCAAAACCAUGUUCACAGAGCUCUUCGGGUUAACUUCAGACCAACCAAAGGACUCAUCUUCAAGUUCAAUUACGUCUAACAGUGCUCUAAUGGACAAGUUUGUAGAGAGAAUCAUAUCAAUGGCACUUCCAACGGCUUACACCGACGAAACAUAUCAAGAACAACUACAAGAAAGACUACAGAAUCAACAGUCCAGGCCACCCCUCUCGGUUAAUAUCAUGACGAAGAACUUCAUACAAUUGAACUCAAGGCUGUCAAUUCCUUUUAUCCUGAUUGACGAGGUUGUUUGUAUCAUAAAUUGGAAACGACCGUACUACACAUUGAGUGUCCUGCUAAUUGCAUCACUGUUGAUUCUCAAGCCCACGCUACUGACUGUCUUUCCUAUGUUCUAUAUUCUAUCAGGGAUAAUGGUACCUGCAUACUUGAAAAGGCAUCCUCCGGAGAAGAAUCAGCUUUUGGAAUCAAACCCAAUCCCCGCGUAUGGUGAGCCAGUGAAAGAUAUAACUCUCCCCAAACCAGUUCCCGAUUUGUCCAGAGAAUUUGUGGUGAAUUUGACAGACCUACAGAACCGCAUGUUGCUGUAUGUAAUCACUUUCGAUUUCAUCAACUCGAUAAACCUGGAGUUUUUCUACUUCAAAGACGAUGCUGUAUCCAAUUUUGUGUUUCUGGCUCUCUUUGCUCUGGCAACCAUAGUGUUCACCAGUGUGAAUAUCAUCCCCCUGGAAAUAUUGAGCUUUACUGCCAAGUUCACACUAUUGGUGGGAAUUUGGGGAUUGAUGGUCUUACUACAUCCAGAGAACUUGGAUCAGUUUUUGGCUCUAUUGUAUUCAGAAGAGUACAGGUUGAAACUACAAACAAUGUCCAAUAAGGUGGAAACUCGUCUGAAAAACGAGUUUUCGAACAGAGUUGACUCUGAUCAGAAUGAGAUAAGAGAGAUAGAGAUUUUUGAAUUGCAGACUUUAGAUGAGGAUACUAAUGAAUGGAAACUGCUGUGCUAUUGUAACGAUCCUUUUGCCAUCAACUCCACUAGAAGAGAUAACGAAAAAAGUAUUAAAGGAUGUUUAUCAUUACAAAGUAUAAUGCCUCCCAUCGGAUGGAAAUUUGACCUGCAAGAUGCCCCAUCUUCCUCUGUGAAUCCUGACUCUUCGACUACCAGUGAUGAAACUGAUGUUUCAAGACAAACAAAUAUUCAUGGGUGGACUUUGGAUCUAAGUCCUACCGGAUGGGUCCAUCAAAACUAUCUUCAGGGCGUGCUGUCUAUCGAUGAUGAUGGUAAAUGGUGUUAUGAUAAAAAAGACUCCCUGAGUACUUUGAAGAAGCUUUCCAACUGUUACGAAUCUACUGGAAAGGAAUACCGAAGAAGACGAUGGAUAAGGACAUGUAAGCGAGAUUUUGUUCUUGAUAGCACACCGUCCACAUAA